GUGCUGAAAUCGUGCGGGACCCGCGCCGCGAGAUUCAGUCUGCGCGCGGCACUCGUCCGAGACGCGUCGUCGUCUGCCUCGCCCCCCCUUCCGGAGGAAAAGUGCGUCGCCGAUAAACCCUGUCGUUAAACCACGAGGAGUAAAUAUCGAAAUUAUGAUUUUUCCACCGAUGUAAAAAAAAAAAAAAAAAAAAAAGGAAAAUAAAUAAAUAGGAGAAGCUGUGGACGAGUUUACUGUUGCCAAGUUCCUACGGCCACGUUUGGGUCGUGUUCGAGUUCUUCUGUGAUCCCGAUGAAAGUUUCCUUCCGAUGUAAAAAAAAAAAAAAAAAUUGUUGAGUCCCGAAAAUUGAAUCGACAAUUUUUCUUUUUGAAAACCGUUCCUUGGAGAUGGGAAUUUGGAUUUCUAAAGUACGAAUUUCAAAUUUCUACGAUCGUUUUUAACCGAGUGAAUUAAACUUUGAUCAAUCGAUCAGUGGUGUUUCUUUUUAGUUUUAAGAGAAAGAGAGAGAGAGAUUAUUAAAAGGAAGUCGAGGUUCAAGAAGAAAUCGUAUCUCGAUCCGUAUCGUUGAAAAACUUUGAUUCCAAAGGGAAACGAGAGAGGGAGCUCUCCCUUUCCCCCCUUGCUAGAAUUACGAAUUCAACGAAUUUCGCUUCACGCUUUCGGAAACGGGGUUCAAAGGGCGUGGGGAGUUCAAAGGGCAUAAGUGGAAUCGCAGGCAAAUCGAGCAACAUCACCGAUGUUGGACAGCAAGCGGAAUGGAAUAGAGAGCUGGACGAGGCUCGUUUAAGGCCUAAUUGCCAAGUUGCCGUGUGCAAUUCGACCCUUUGUUCUAGCCUCUGACGUGUGCAUGAUUCGCAUUCCUCGUGAAGGAAGAAAAAUAAUUUCCAUUUUCCCCUAUCACUCGUGCAACGUGCUUUCAAAAAUUCACGUAAAUAAAACGUUUCUCUUUUUCCUCGAGAAAUUAUGACAAAUACCCCCGCUAUAUCCAUUAUAAAUUAUAUAUUUCGAAAUUCGUCGAGAAGUAAAGAAAAGUGAAAUAUUCCCUCCCCCUGAUCUCAGAGAAAGGAUCUCGAAAAAAAUCUCUUGGAAACGAACGGGAUUUAAUCGAGGAUUUAGCGAGGGAUUUUUUAGAGGAGUGAUGAGUGUGGGAAAAAAGAGCGUGAACGCGCGGAUGGAAGAUCCUCGUGGAAGAUCGAUCAGCGAGGCCGAUGCAGAAAGAUCUUUGUGAAAGGGGCUCGAGAGGGCUGGGAAUGAGAAGCGUGUCAAGAUCGAGGGUCGAGGCAAGGAGUGGAACAUGGAGUAGCGUCGCCCCAUAGAGGCUUUCGAUCGCUGCACACGAACAGGAACACGAUCGAAAUGGACAAAUACAGCGUCGAAUUCCCGAAACACGAGUGGAGCCAUCGACUCAGCCUUCGUAGCAGUCGAAGAAGUCAUCAGGGCGAGGUCGCGGCCAGAUCCGUGGCCGGAUCCGUGAGAAGCACGAGGAGAUGGGCGAGCCUCCGACAGCACGUGGCAGCUAACGAAGGCGGGAAGCCGAGGGUCGAGUUGCUGCUCGAUCCGCCCGAUUCCAAGUCCUCGACCCCGUCCUCCCCCCAGCCGCACACCCCCAACACCCCGCGAACACCCCACACGCCCUCGAGGAAGUCGAAUUGGGAGGUGAUCGAACACUUCACCGGCGCGCCGCGUCCCUCCAUCGUCACGAUGAACAGGGGGUCGGAGGUCGGGAUAGGCAUCACGAGCGAAAAGGAAAUGAUAAAGAUGAAGAGGAUUAACACGUCGAUGACCCAACCACCAAGGAAAUGCGCGCUUUGCCGUUUUUUGAAGUCGCUCUGCGCCUCCCAUCAUUUCAAAAAUUUACAGGUGGAGAUGCUGUAUCAACGAUACUUUCUACGAAUGAACCAAAGCAACAUGACGCACGUUCUUGGCCUAUUGGCGGGACUGGCUCUCGCUCUAGGUGUGCUACUGCUCCUCAAACUGUUUCUGGACGGCAAUCAACAAUUUCUCGAUACUUUGGAAAGACCGGAGAACUUAUUUUUAGCGAUAACGUUGAUCACCUGUGUCGCGAUCUACGCCGCACUGGUCGCGGCUAUAUCCAGGCCGGGGAUGAACGAGAUCUGGUUAGCGGGAGUGAGCGGGAUAGUCCUGGUCACGUUGCUCGCGCUCCAAGUGUCGCUUAACGUUCACCUGGCGCUCGGAUCGAAGGAGCAUCGCAGCGGAGGCCCGCUGGCCGCGGCUUGGGCCGUGUGCUUCUUCAUUUACAUGGCGUACGCGCUUCUGCCUAUAAGGCUGCGCCACGCGUGCAUCGCAGGCCUAGUUUUCUCCGUGGCGCACCUGAUCGGAACCUUCGUCCUCUACCCUUCCUACUAUCCGGCCAUGAUGGAACACUUACUAAGCUCCAUUGUGGUGGUUGGUGGGACGAACAUGGCCGGGGUGUUGACGCAUCAUCCUCGAGAACUGGCGCAAAGACAAGCCUUCCUGGAGACUAGACAAUGCGUCGAGGCUCGUCUGACCACGCAGAGAGAAAAUCAGCAACAGGAAAGGCUUCUAUUGAGCGUGCUGCCGCGCCACGUAGCCAUGGAGAUGAAAGCUGACAUCGCGGGGAAGCCAAAGGAUACCAUGUUUCACAAAAUUUACAUUCAGAGGCACGAGAACGUCAGCAUUCUGUUCGCCGACAUUUGUGGAUUCACUUCCUUGUCGGAUCAAUGCACUGCCGAGGAGGUUGUCAAACUAUUGAAUAAAUUAUUCGCCUGCUUCGACACAUUGGCAGCUGAGCACCAUUGUCUGCGAAUCAAAUUACUCGGUGACUGCUAUUAUUGCGUCUCCGGACUUCCUGAACCGAGGCCAGAUCACGCGCGUUGUUGCGUGGAAAUGGGUUUGGACAUGAUUAGCGCCAUUACGCUGUAUCGAGAGGUGGGUGCAGUGAACGUGAACAUGAGAGUGGGAAUACAUACUGGAAGGGUUCAUUGCGGGGUUCUUGGCUUGAGGAAAUGGCAAUUCGACGUUUGGAGCAACGACGUCACUCUGGCCAACUAUAUGGAGAGCGGAGGGAUACCGGGACGAGUCCACAUCACGAAAGAGACCCUGGACUGUCUCGAUGGUUUCUACGAGGUGGAAGAGGGUCACGGGGGUGAAAGGAACGCGUACCUGAAGGAGCACAAUAUCAAAACGUACCUAAUCGUCCCUGGGGAUACGUGCAGGGGUAACAUACCCUCUUCAGGAUUGAGAAAGGGUUUGCCCGCGAAUGGGAACGUGUCCAAAGAGAUGAGGGUGAUGGGUCACGGGUCUCAACACGGGAAGCAGAACAAAUUAGGGUUUGGAGAGACGACAGAGGUAAAAAAAGACCCUGAAGACGAGGUGAACGAGUAUCUGAUGAGGGCGAUCGAUGCCAGGAGUAUAGAUCAAUUAAGAACACAAUAUUGCACUCCUUUCAUCCUAACUUUUCGUAGCCCCGACGUUGAGGAGAAGUAUUCACGUGAAAGGGAUAGAAUGCUGUCAGCAUAUUUCGUCUGUUCCGGUUUCGUGUACAUGGUAGUCGUGAUUGCUAUAGCAAUCACUCUAUAUGGGAGUGGAUAUUUUUACACGUGUGUAACUGUGAGCAUAUUGGUGAUUGCGAUAAUCAAUGGCAUUCUAUUAGCAGAAAAGAACAAGACAGUGCCACAGUGUCUUCGAGAUUUUGCGGUGCACGUAUUCGAGAAUCGUGGAAUGGCACAAGCUCUGGCCACGUGUGUCGUGUUUCUAACUUUCGUCACAGCAUUGUCGCCACUGUUCACAUUGGAAGGUGGCCGUGUAUGCGGAAACGGCACUUCUUUGUUCACCGAUAAUUCCAGCGUCACUUUCCAAAGUAUUGACACGCCCGUCAAUGUUUGCUAUUACACCGUUUUCGCUGACCUUUUCCCAGUACUGGUGAUGCUAGUCAUGAUAACCUGUGCAGUCUAUCAAAUUUUAACGUCGGUAUUCAAAGUGGCUAUACUAAGCCUAGUAGUUGCUUGCUACUUAGCUAUCAGCAUCUAUGAAGCCGUACACGAGAAAGACGUGGAAUUGACUGGAAGGUGGCUGGCAGGAGUUCUGGUAGUUUUCUUUAUGACUUGCUUGAUUGCCCAUUCCCAACACACAGAAGCCACUUACAGACUGGACUUUCUAUGGAAACUCCAAGCUACGGAGGAGAAAGAGGAAAUGGAACAUUUGAAGGCCUAUAAUCAAAAACUGCUGGCAAACAUACUUCCGGAACAUGUAGCAGCUCACUUCCUGUCUACGGUUAAUUCAGAUGAACUAUAUCACGAACAGUGCGACUUCGUUUGCAUAAUGUUCGCCUCGAUACCAAAUUUUUCGGAGUUUUACGUGGAAUUGGAGGCGAAUAACGAGGGUGUCGAGUGUCUCAGACUGUUGAACGAGAUCAUAGCCGAUUUUGACGAGUUGCUCGCCGAGGAGCCGUACAAAUACAUCGAGAAAAUCAAGAGUACGGGGGCCACGUACAUGGCUGCAUCCGGAUUGACGAAAAGCACCUGCGACAUGAAAGAUUACAAACACGUGACUGCGAUGGCGGACUACGCUCUGAGGAUACGCGAACAGCUGGCUUCCGUUAAUGAGCACAGCUUUAACAACUUCCGGUUGCGUGUGGGCAUCAAUAUUGGACCGGUAACGUCAAUCAAUUUUCGACUAGCUUUUACAACAUUCACGAAAGCGCCUUAUUUGACCCGAACUAGACGAGAGAAGAUAAAAUACACUUUGGUAUUUGGUGGUUGCCGGAGUGAUAGGCGCCCGGAAGCCGCAAUACGAUAUUUGGGGUAACGCGGUGAACGUGGCCUCGAGGAUGGAGUCCACGGGCGUGUUGGACGGAAUUCAGGUCACCCAGGAGGUUCGAGACAUCCUGAUCGCGAAAGGAUAUCCGCUCACUUGUCGUGGUACCAUCCAAGUGAAAGGAAAGGGUAGCAUGGUCACCUAUUUCCUCGACGGUCCUCGUGAUUCAAUCAAGGCGAGCAUCCGCAACGAUAUCAACGAGGAGAGGAUAAGUUCUGUCAAUAAUUUCAAUCUGGAUGGCUCAGUGUCGUCGAAGAAGACUUGAUCGAUAGCUGGGCCAACGUUGCUGUGAAACAAUCCUUCGAGAUGAGAAGAAGAGAAGAUUCUACGAGAGAAAAUUCUACGCGUGCGCAGAAAUAAUUUUGAAGGCACCUAGAUCAUCUGGAAAACUGUUACAAAUGAAGAGGAAGAUUUGAAGAUGCGAGCAGUUAUUUUUCGCUAGUAGACGUUACAUUAUCUAUUUGUAAGAAAUAGUUUGGAGAACAAUUUUUGAGAGUUGUACUCUCAAAUGUACUUUGCACCUUCGAAUUUUUGACAACUAGUUUCGUCGAUGUUAUGUUUUCAUUGACACGUUCAAAUCGAGGAAAUAGUGUAUUAGAAUAAUCAUAUGUUCUACAGAUGUACAUAUGUUCGUGGAAAUAUUUUUUGAGGAUCGAUUCUAGAGAUCAAAGUACAAAAAUUGGUGUAAAAAAUUAUCAAUUGAGGCUUAUUCGUUAAAUUAAAAGCAAUCGAAGUUAUAUGAAGUGAGGUACUUUUAUCUUCGUCACACCAUCGUGUCGUUGUAUUUCUAUUUCGCUUCAUCUAGCGCAACUUAUAUUUUAGAUAAAUUAGUCUCGAUAUCUUCGUAUAUCAAUUUUUGUUUUUCAAUCUCUAAAAUCGAUUCUCCAAAAAUAUUCCAUGAAUGUAUUAACACUUGGUAUAUUUUGUCAGAUAUUUAUGAUUGUUUUUUUUUUUUUAUUAAUGAAUAUUUUGAAAGAAAUACAUGAAAUGCAAUGAAUUUAAGAAAAAAAAAAUAUCAACGAAAUUGGUUGUCCGUGAUUCAAAGGCAAUUUGAUUUGGAAAAUCUGAUUUAUUGGAAGCGUGGAAGAGAGAAAUAUUCGGCUGUUUCUUUCUUUGUCUCACGACCGCCGACUGCCGUCCUUAAUGCGGUUCAAUCGAUCUCCAAAACUCGUCGAUUAGUCGUAAGUUAGAAACGCAAACGGAAAAUCGUGUAAAUUCGAAUUUUUCCGUAUUUCCCUAUUUUGGGAAAAUGACUUGUACUUAAGUCGUAUCUCGCUAUUCUAUGUGUGAUUAGAUGUUUCGAUUCUAUUCCGGGGAAUAAUCUUUCAAAGCUGACAGCAAGACUAAUUUGCCAAUAUUUAUAAAUUAUUUUAACUAUUUUAAUUGGAUUUCAUAAUGAAAAUUUAUGAAUAACGAAUAACGAUUAAUAAAUAUGAAUAAAAAAAAUUUUAAAAAUGUCAAUUUAGAAUUAUAUUAAAUUAUAUUUAAUUAUGUAAAUUUUCUGAUAAAGAUAUGAUAAAAUAAAAAAUAAGUUUAUAUAAAUAUAAUUUCUAAAUUCAAAAAUUCGAAUUUUUGAAAUUUUUAUGAAAAAAAUGUGACAAUCGUAAAAUAAAUAUUAAAAAUAAAAUGAAUUAACAUGAAAUUAAAAAUAUAGGAUAACAGUCUGGCUGUUAGCUUAUGCACAUUCUUCUAGUCAAUAACGAGAGAUUAAUAUGAGAAGCUCGAUACAACGAAACCGUGGUUGAAUUUUUAAUAUAGAAAUUUCGUUCAAAAAACGAAACGGGACCACGGCAAGUCUAUAGGAAUUAAAGGCAAGAAUGAAUGAGAGAAAAAAAGGAGACGCGAGAAAUUAUUGAAGGAAAAGAGAAAAAAAGACUCGCUAUUUUUACAUUUCUCUUUUUUUAAUCCUGUUUCGUCGACGAAAUCCGUCGAUUAAUGAGUUUUUUAAUCACAUGUAAGAAAAGAAUCAUAAAUAUAUAUAUAUGUGUAUAUAUUCUUUUUAAAUAUUUUAGAUAAGAUGAUACGCGUUUCUGCACAGUGCGAUUCGGUCUAAUAGUAGAUAGUGUCUAUCGACUAAACAAUGCCGCGUAUGGUUGCAUAAUACGUUCUAAGCAACCAAAACUGUGUUCUAUACAUAUGUAUAUCAAUACCGUAUUGCUGAUUGUUUCAUAAUCUUAUUUUGAUUCAAGACAAAUGUGAUUUCUUUACGUUCAAUAUUAUUUGUAAAUAUAAAUACGAUACGUUCAUUAUAUAAUAUUUAGCCUCUUAUAAUUUAAAAUUUUAAAUAAUUUUAAAUAAUCUUUAGAAAUUUAAGUGAUUUUGAAUAAAAUUUUUCUUAAAUUUUUAUUGAUACUUUCUGAUAAUUAAAAAACAUACUAUUAAGAUAUUUGUAUCAUUAUUUGCAUCAUAUAUAUUAAGAUAAAUAUUUAUAAAAAUUCAUAAUUAUAUUUUGAUAAAUAUUUUCAUUCUUCUCAAAGAUUUUUAGAUUCUAAUAUUAUGUUUUUUUUCUAUAUUUUUUCUAUUUUUAAAUAAAAUGUACUACAUUUAUUAUGAUUUUUGUCAAUUAUAUCUAGAACAUAUUGUCAUUGAUAUAUUGUACCAUUCAUGAUUUUUAUUUCCAAAUUCCUUAUUUGUUUUGAUAUUUUAUGUAUAGUUACUUGUAUAAAAUUAUAACGUAUAAAUUAUUUUUUAUUUAUUUCUAUUGACUACAUAUGUCGUAAUGUAUGUCGUACAGAAUGAGUCAAAAGACAUGUCGCAAGUAAUUUUUCCAUAAUAAUAUACAUUUAUUACGAGAUAAUUCCUAACGAAGAUUAUAUUUAUGAAUAAAUCACUCGAUAAAAUAAAUGUUUUGACAUAAUCAAUAAAUGAAAAAUCAGAACCUGAUGCAAUAAUAAAACUAAUAGAAAUUAGAUUCGAAUGACUAAAAUCUAGAAUUUUUCGUAUCUACUUUCUUUCUCUUUUGAAAUUCAAUUUUCUUAUCUCGAUUUCAAUGACAAAUUUUUAUAAUCUCUAAUAGAUGUUAUAUACGAUAUAUCGUAAUUUUAUUUUUUGCAUAAAAUAAUAUUUAAAAAUAUUAUUGCAACGGGUUUGAUUUAUUGUAAAGACAAAUUUAGAAAUGAAUUAAUCGUUCUAAUGUCUAUCGUGAUGAAUGUGUAACUUUCCAAAGAGUUUUAUUAGUCAUUGAAAUUCAUCUCGAGCUAAUAGAGCGAGCCUAUAAUGAAUGUUCCCUCGUCACAAAGAAAUACGUAUUUUAAUGUUGCUGGCAGGUCCAGCUAUGUUGAUAAAUGUUAAUCGACGUUACGAUCGAACCGACCGCGGGCCAUCGUUCGAUAGAUUAAAACAAGAUACCGUUACAGAUGCUUUUAUGAAAAAUUUCAAAAAUUUGUACGUAAUGUACGUUUUUUAUUUUUUUUUCAUUUUAAUCGAUAAAUUUAAAGAUAUUCGAGUAUACAUACGCACAAUUUUAUUUUUAUUAAAGUAUUAAAAUUUAUUAUGGUAUUAAAGUACAAAUUUUUUAUUCUAUGAAAGCAUCUGUAAUAUAAAAUUAAAAGAAAAAAAAAUCAUAUCAAGUCUAAUUAUAAGUGUAUAAGCCUAAUUAAGAUGUCUUAGCUUUCUAGGGAUAAAGUGUAUCAUAUAAAUGAAAUAUUGCUGUUAUGACUGGUGUUGUAGAAAUUCUUCGUCAAAGCACUUGAAAAAAAAAAUUUCAAAAAAUAGGAAAAUAAAAAAAAAAGAUCAAAAAGUUGUUCUUUGUAGAAUUUUAACAAAUGAAAUUUUAAUAGAACACAAUUUGUGAUAGAAAAUUCUUUUUCGAACUUUUCUGCAAUACUCGUCCUAUAAUGGCACUGGAAACCAGUCAAUUUGAAGAUUUCAUCAGAUUUGCGGAUAAUCAUUAUACUUCCUCUUUCGUGUAAUUUCUUAAUGGCCUAAACGCAGAACCUAAAUCCAUAAUGAAUAUUAUUGUAGUUAUUACUUGCGCGAUGUGAUUUGCCAGGAAUAACAUGAAAUAAAUUUUUAUUAAAAAAUCAAUCAGUUUAUUUUGUUUAAUUUUGUUAUAUUGAAAAAUUAUUAUUAUUAAUUUUGUUAUAUGAAAUUAGUUUUAUGAAUGUAAAUUGAUUCUACAGAUCAGAAUUAAUAUAGAAUAAUUAGAUUAUGAGAGAAAAAUUUUAUAUAUCCAGUUGAUUGUAAAAAAAAUAUAAAACGAAAGAAUAUCUUUCAAAUAUUUCUAAUAUAUUAAAAGAAUUUUAAAGAAAAAAAAAGAAAAAGAAUUUUUCUUAAAUAAUCAUAAUAAUGAAAACUAUCAAGUAACAAAAAAAGUUUAAAAUUAUAUUAAUGUAACGUUGAUUUUUAAUGUAAUAUAAACAUAUAUAUACAUUUUUAUCAUUUAUCAAAAAAUUCUUUUGAAAUAUAAUUUUUUAUACUAUAAUAUUAAAAAAAAUUGUAAAAAUUUAUAAAUAAAUUAAUUCUUUUUUAGAAUCUAAUUAUUGAAUAUAAUAUUAUUUUAAAAUUUAAAAGAUUAUUAAGUUAGUUUUAAAUUAUUUUUAAUUAAAACUAAAACUAAAACUAAAACCAAAUCUUAAAUCUUUUCUACACGAUAUAUACUGAAUGAAAACUAGAAAUUUUUGUCAAAUUUCCUAUAAUAAUCAUUUAGAGCUAUUUAAUCUUAAAUGUUGGCAUCACUGUUCUCUGAUCAAUAAUGUUUUCUUGAAUAAUAUGUAGCACGUAUAUCGUGUUAGUACUCUUUGUGUGAUGAGAAGUUGUGUUUCUUUUCUAAUCUUGAUAUGAUUGUAAAAAUGUUAUUUUUGAUUAAUUAAUGUUUCUAUUGUAACUUCAUUAUGUAACCGGAUGAUUAAAUUGAUUGAUGGCUAACACACGUGAGAAAGCAAACUCAUGUAUAUAUGUAUAUUAUUGCAUGUAUGCUAUGUUACAUUAAGAAUUUAUGUUACGUUAACAGAACAUUGAAUUUUUUUGUUAUUUGAUUUUUGUUUUUUAUCAUUAUGAUUAAAGAAAGUUUCAAAGAUAUGCUUAAUUAUUUAUGAUUAUGAUUAUGCUUUUUUUAGAUUUCUAUGUAAUAGUCAAUAUUUAUAAUUAAAAUUAAUAAUAUAAUAAUUUAUCUAAAACAUUGUAAUAUAUUUCUUUUAUCGUAAGAAAAUAAUGUUUUAUGCUUUUAAUGUGUAUUAUAUUUUUAAAUUGUAAUUUUUAAUAUAAUUUAGAUUUUAUUAUUUGUAUUUAUAUUUCACUAUUUAAUUUUUAAUAAAUUAAUUGCAAAAAUAUUAAAAAUAAUUUUUAAGAUAAGAAAGAUUCUAUUUUAUAAUUUGAGCAAAAAUUUUGUUUAUUAUUUUAAUUUUUUAAUAUGUGUUUAAUAUAUUAAUUUUUUUGCUCGGUAUUAUUAUAUACUAUUAUAUCAAUAUUUAUUUACUUAUAUGUUAUUAUUUAGAUAUAUAGAUAAAGAUUUCAAAAUUUUAUUUCUAAUCGAAUUUUUUAAAUCAUAAUAUUCAAAAAUUAAAUUUGAAUUGGCAUAGAUUUUAUAAAAUAAACAUUAAGCUGAUAACAAUCCUUAAAUUAGUCGAUUUAUUAUAUAAUAAAUUAUAUAAUAUUGUAUCAAAAUUAUUUUGUAUAAAUUUAAUUAAUAUAUUUUAAUUUUAUAUAUAUUUUAAUAUGAAUAAA